AAGUGCAUGUGUUUAGAGGGACAGGAACAAUAUAGGUUACAAAAAAGUGUAGUAGGCUAUUUCUGAAGGCUGUAUGCAGUGGUAGAGGUGGCAGAAGCCUGCGGGGCUGCGUGGAUUUCAUUCAACUCAGCCUAAAUGACCACAAACGGUUAACGGAUGGAUUAUAAAAUGGAUGGAUAUCUGGACCAGCAAGUGCCUUACACUUUAGCAAAUAAGUCGCAAGGAAAUGGGCCCCUAAAUAGACUGUUGAUGGCGGCAAAAAGGAAAUACAUGGACACGGAAUUGCCCCCUCAGGAAUCUGAAGACCUCUUUCAGGAUUUAAGCCAACUCCAGGAGACCUGGCUCACAGAAGCUCAAGUUCCUGACAGUGACGAGCAGUUUGUUCCCGAUUUCCAUUCUGAAAACUCAGUGGCAUUCCACAGCCCGCCUGUCACCAUCAAGAAGGAACCUCAGAGCCCAGGCUCCGACCCCAGCCAGUCCUGUAGUCACAAGCAGACCUUCACCUACCCCAAUGGAGAACAGUGCCUUUACGCCAGUGCCUACGACCAGAAGAGGGCUGCUGGACCGAAGAGCUCGUGCCCAGGCACGCCCAUGUCCCCCCUGCAGCAUUACUCCCCCAAGCCUGCGGUGGGAGUGCGCCCUGGGCCCGGCCCUGGCCCUGGUCCUGGCCCUGGUCCUGGUCCUGACCCAGGUUACAUGAACUCUCCUGCUGCCUCGCAGCCUCUGCCCAGCCACAACUACCCCAUGAACCCAAGUUCCAGGUACCAGGCCCCCUCAGGAGACAUGUGCCCCCAGUUCCCCCCCCAGGGGCAAGCCUACCAGCGGAUGCCCUCCGCCCCGGCCGGAGGGGCCGGGGGAGCGGGGGGCGGCGGGGGAGGAGGCCCUGGUGGGGGUGGUGGCGGGGGGUACCAUCGGCAGCACUCGGACCCCUGUCUCCCCUACCUCCAGCAGAGCUUCAAGCAGGAGUACCUGGACCCGCUGUACGAGCGAGCAGCCCACAUGGCGGGGCCGGGACCUGGGCACGGCCCUCACCCGCACCCCCACCCUCAUCCACACAGGUUCCCCCCUGCUCACAUGAUGGUCAAGCAGGAGCCAACCGACUACACCUAUGAGCCAGAUGUACCUGGGUGUCCCUCCAUGUUCCAUCACAAUGAGAGCUUCCCCACCCCUCAGCACAGCAACGAAGGCUAUCUGUUUGAAAACGACUCCAGAGUUGUCCCAGAGAAAUUCGAAGGCGAGGUGAAGCAGGAGGGGGGUAGUGUGUUUCGUGAGGGCACCCCCUACCAGCGCCGUGGCUCUCUGCAGCUCUGGCAGUUCCUCGUGGCUCUGCUGGACGACCCGGGCAACGCCCACUUCAUCGCCUGGACCGGCCGCGGCAUGGAGUUCAAGCUCAUCGAACCAGAGGAGGUGGCCAGACUGUGGGGGAUGCAGAAGAACCGUCCAGCCAUGAACUACGACAAGCUCAGUCGCUCUCUGCGCUAUUACUACGAGAAGGGAAUUAUGCAGAAGGUGGCAGGGGAGCGCUAUGUUUACAAGUUUGUGUGCGAGCCUGAGGCCCUCAUCUCCUUGGCCUUCCCUGACAAUCAGCGGCCCAGCCUGAAGGCGGAGUUUGAGCGCUACGUCAACGAGGAGGACACCGUGCCCCUGUCCCACCUGGACGAGGGGGUGUCCUACCCCCCCGAACAAGCCCCGCCCAACAUGGGACCCCAGUCCUAUUCCAAAGGCUACAUGUACUAAUGCCACCAUUCACCCCUCCUCCCCCCCUCCGAGGCCCCCCCCCCCCUCAUGUCAUAUCCCAUCAUACCUUGCCAUUCCCCUGUGGCCCCCCCUGCACCUCUUGCACAUGCCUGCCCCAUCCACUUGUAUAUAAGGCUAUGGUGUUUUUUUUUUGUUUUGUUUAAAUUAAUCUCUUUAGGGAUUUUUGAGUUUUUAAGAGCUGCAUUCCUCUCACUUCUGAGGCCUAUUCAAUCCAUACACGCGACUGUGGUUAAAGAGAUUGCUUAAUAAAGACCCAAUAUUACUACUA